GGCAGCAGUUUCCGGUAGUUCGCGCACGCAGGUAUGUAGGGCGGUCGUAAAUCGCGUUUUAGGGUAGAGAGUGUCUUUCAAAGUUCAUUGUAGCUGUCACAUUUCAUCAAAGGAUUUCUAAUAUUACCGUUUCCUUUGCAUUUACCGAUAAUAACGUUUACAUAAUUGUUCAUCGCACGAAGUACGUCUUUUUAGUUCGAUGUGCUGUUUGAUGUCUCUUGGGGGAAUAACCAGUAAGCUUACCGUUUGAAGGAAGUAGUCUCUCUGUACUCUGUAGUCGUGUUCAAGAUCGGGUUGUGACAUUUACUAGUUUAUGAUGCUAUAUGUUAAUGAGGCUGUUCAAUGACUGCAGUGUUAUUUUGCCAUCAGCUUGGUCACUACCGUAGGUAGUUCCUUUUGCAUUUGUAUCACCAACGUGGAUUAAUGUCUCAGGCGUUGUAGUACCUGGAUGGUGCUGCGUUCUUGUGUUAGGGGAUCGUAUUGCAAGCAGUUGUUAAUGCGACUUUGAUGUGUGGUGUCGCAGUCUCAGGUGAGAGUAUUGUUCAGUAAGACAUGUAAGUGAAGUGUUUAUCCGGUAAGUGUCCGUGGCGUAUUCUAUGAACCAUGUACACGAACGACAACAUAAGAGCACUCCACUCUGCGGUAAGAGCGGGCAAUUUGCAUUAUGUAAUGGAAAUUCUGGCGGAAGGCGCAGACAUCGAAGCCGCAGACAUGUACAAGGUACGAGCAGUUCAUAUUGCUGCGGAGCAAGGCUAUUUGGACAUUGUUAAAGUGCUGAUCGCACGGGGCUGCAAAGUAAAUGCACAGGCGUCUUGCUUUACGCCUACGUUUAGCGACGUGGAGCAGGGUCUGACGCCGUUACAUUUAGCAGCAGCAAAUGCUGACCCAAACCUCGUACUCGCUUUGAUCAGUGCCGGCGCUAAUGUUAACGCCAAGAGUAGUUCCAAAGUGUUUCCACUGCACAUUGCCGCACAGAAUGGACAUUUGGCCGUGGUGAAGGCACUAGUUUCAGCAAAUGCUGAAGUAAAUGUUGAGAACGACAAAAAAGUCACCCCUUUAAUUAUUGUUGCGGCGCAGGACUUUGAAGACGUAGCCACAUUUCUUGUACAUAACGGUGCUGUUGUUAAUGCUAGAAAUUCAGACCGAUGGACACCAUUGCAUGUCGCAGCAGAAAAGGGAAACACUGACAUAGCAAAGUUGCUGAUCCAGAACAAGGCCGCGAUUAAUGCAAAGGAUCUGGAAGGCUUCACACCAUUGCAUGUGGCCAUACAAAACAGACAAGCCGCAGUAAGCCAGUUUUUGAUUAACAGUGGAGCAGAUGUGAAUGUGAGAGAUAAUGAGGGUUGGACACCUUUGCUUAACGUGGCACAGAGCGGAUAUCCAUCAGAAACUGCCAAACUGUUGAUUGCGAAAGGUGCUAGUGUGAAUGCGAGGGACAGGACUGGUAGAACACCCUUGUACGUUGCUGCAGAGAACGAUUCCUCUGACAUAGUGAACAUCUUGAUCGAAAGCAAGGCUGACGUUAACGCCACUACCGAUCGAAUGUGGACGUCGCUGCAUACCGCAGCGUACGAGGGCAAUUUGGAUGUUAUAAAAAUUCUUAUUGCCAGUGGUGCCAAAGUGGAUGCGAGGACCAACGAGCGGACUACACCACUGCUUUUUGCUGCAAACUACUGGCAUGUUGAAGUAGUUAAAUACCUCUUGGCAAAAGGAGCUGAAGUUAAUGCACCUGAUAACACAAGCUGGACGCCACUUCACUUUGCAGCGGGUGAGAGUUCCACCCAAGUCCCCCUCGAAACGUCUGGACACACAGGUGCACAGCCGCAGGACUCUAAACUCAAUACCAUAAAAACUCUCGUUGAAAAUGGAGCAGACAUAAAUUCAAAGGGAAGCAACGAUGAAACAGCACUGCUCCUAGCUGCGAAGUAUAGCGAUUCAGCAACUGCUAGGUAUCUACUAGAGAAUGGUGCAUAUUACGAUGUGAUGACCAAGUCUUACUGUGGUGACAUUAUCACUGUUUCACAGAUCGCUGUGCUAAACAGAAACGAGAAUAUGAUUGCUUUAUUCUGUGCUACUGAAAAGUUGUUUCAAGCUGUAAAAAAAGGCAAGUUCGCAGAAAUUGAAAAAUGUGUUCAAGAAGGGGCACCAGUCAACACUAGAAGUAUCAAGUAUGAAACACCGCUUAUGUAUGCAUCCUGGAAAGGACAUUUAGCCGUUGUUAAAGUUUUGCUUCAAACUGGGGCCGAUAUUAAUUUGAGCACCAGUAAUGGAAUUACUCCUCUACAUUACGCAGCAAAAUUUGGGCAUCAUGAUAUACUGUGUACCUUAUUGCAGCAUGGUGCAGUAUACAAUACAAGAACCAAGAAAGCCAAAAAAACACCAUUACAUUUCGCCCAAGAAGGAGGAAAGAAAGAAGUUGCAGAGACCCUAGGACUAAUUGAAUAUAUGUUUAUUAGAGUAAGUAAAAAGGAUAACACAGUGUUAAAAGAGUUAAAUGAAUUAAAGGAAAUAAAAUAUGCUGAAUUUCUUGCCAUAAAAAACUGCAAAAAUGUAAAUGAAGAAACUGUGAUGCAAAUAGCUUCCAAAAAUGGAUAUGAGGAACUUUGUAAAUUGUUUUCUAGUUUGUAAUACAGUAGAGUACUUGUUUAUUACUCAUUUAUAUCAGUGAAUGGUCUGACAAAAGCAGUUAACAAUACAUGACGUGGUAUUGAUUUUCAAAGAUUUUGUAUACUAUCAAAGGAUAUUUUACUGUUGUAAACAGCAAAGUAGGAAUCGUCUACUGAUUCACAGAAAAUAAAAUUGCUUCCCGUGUAAUUACAAACUGUGUACAUUGAAGAUGUUUAAAUGGUUAUAUUUCACUUUAUUCUUGUGAUGGUUCAUUGAUAAAUAAUAAAAUUAAGGUUUCCACAUCUGUCACUGCUUACCAGAUUGCUUUGUAUGCCACAGUGUAUCCGUACCUGUACUCGUGUUUGAGCAAGUUGGGGUUAACUGGACCUCCCUUCAAAUCUUACUUAAAAAAUUGUCUUUUUAAAAUUUUUAUUCAUGAAUUUGGUGGAAAACAUACAAACUUUAUAGGUGCUUUCAUUUUUGCAUUAUCACACACAGAUUUUACAGAAUUGGAGAAGAACUUUGACCUGUCUUUUUGAACUGUUUAAUCCCAGUGGAUGUGUUAACUGGACCAUAUGUCAGGGUUAAAUAGACCUCUCGGUUAAAUAAAUGAAUUACAGGAGCUUAAAUGCAAAAUUUUACUCUGACAACAUUAAUAAAAAUGCUAUACACAGAGUUAUAAAUAUAUUAAUGAAAAAAUCUGGAAAUAACAAAACUAGUGCACAAUUAAUUUAUCAUCAUUAAUCUAGAACCAAAUCUCGUUUUCAUAGUGGGCAUUAGAACCAUGUAUUGGAUUGGAUAGUAUCACAAUUAUUUAAUUUCAAGCAAUAAAGGCAUCAUUUUCUUCUGCAAUUUCAAAUUUUGUAGUGGAAACAACUCUAUUAAAGAAAUUUACUUCACAUUUUUUGCAAAAACAGACAUAAUGUCUUAUGGGAUAACAGCAAUCAGUGAUUUUAUAAUGUUACUUAAAAACCGUCUUGAUUGCAAUUUUUUUUAUUCAUAUGACCGGU